UGUGUGUGUGUGUAGACGGUGAACCAGCUGGCCCACGCCCUCCACCAGGAUGAGGACCUAGACGCUGGCAGCCUGGUGUGUGUCAUGUGGCCUAAAGCCAAGUGUGCUCUGCUCAGGGAUGACCUGGUGUUAGUGGACAGCCCAGGUAUAGAUGUAACCACUGAACUGGACAGCUGGAUCGAUAAGUUCUGCCAGGAUGCUGAUGUGUUUGUUCUGGUGGCGAACUCUGAGUCCACACUGAUGCAGACGGAGAAGUCCUUCUUUCACAAAGUCAAUGAGCGGCUCUCCAGUCCCAACAUUUUCAUCCUCAACAACCGCUGGGACGCCUCCGCCUCAGAACCUGAAUACAUGGAGGAGGUCCGCAGACAGCAUAUGGACCGCUGCAGCAAUUUUCUGGUGGAGGAGCUGGGUGUGGUGGACAGGGCCCAGGCCAGCGACCGCAUCUUCUUCGUCUCUGCAAAAGAAGUCCUGCAGGCCCGUGUGCAGAAGGCUCAAGGGAUGCCUGAAGCAGGGGACAAUUAAGGGGAGGCUGGAGUGAACGAAGAUAUCCCAACUCCUACCUGAGGACUCCUCUGUCUCUUAGUGCUGCCCCUGUGAGACGUGAGACGCGAGGAAGAGAGACGCGAGGGUGAGAUGCAAG